AUGUGUAUAUUUUUGGACUGCCUAACAAGCCCAUGGCUAAUUUGGCCGGCAGUAACUGCCCUACUGCUCUACUUUAUCAGAGAAUACAUGCAAGGUGGGCAGUUUACCAAGCAAACUGAUGAAAGCGGCAAGGUGGUAAUUGUUACAGGCUCCAAUACGGGCAUAGGUAAGGAGACGGCGCUGGAGCUGGCACGACGUGGUGCUACGGUCUAUCUGGCCUGUAGGGACAAGCAGCGUGCGGAGCUGGCGCGUAAAUUUAUAAUAAAAGAGACGCAAAAUAAGAACGUUUACUUUUUGGAGCUGGAUCUAUCUUCUCUAGAGUCUGUAAGACAAUUUGUUGUCAAAUUCAAGCAACAACAGAGCCAGUUGCAUGUACUGAUCAACAAUGCGGGCAUUUGCUACGCUCCUAAAGGGCGCACCAAAGAUGGCUUUGAACUGCACUUGGGUGUCAAUCACUUGGGUCACUUUUUAUUGACUAUUUUGUUGUUGGAUUUACUUAAGAAGUCCACACCAAGUCGCAUAGUUAACGUUUCAAGCAUGAUGCAUGCCUAUGCCAAGCUAGAUCGCGAUGAUUUGCAAAGUGAUAAGUCGUAUAAUCCUAUUGAGGCCUACAGUCGCAGCAAACUAGCAAACGUCCUGUUCACACGCGAGUUGGCCAAGCACUUGGCAGGCACACGCGUCACAGUGAAUGCCUUGCAUCCCGGCGUGGUAGAUACUGAAAUCUUAAGAGAAUUUACUCUCGCGCAGACAACAUUUGUCAAAACAUUUUUGAAGCCACUGUUUAGACCGUUUGUGAAGACAGCCAAGAGCGGUGCACAGACCACAUUAUAUGUCGCCUUGAGUCCCGAGCUGGAGCAGCAGAGCGGCUUGUAUUUCAGCGAUUGUAAGCCACGAGAGUUAGCAGCUGCUGGCAUGGAUGACCAACUGGCCCAAUGGCUUUGGGCAGAGAGCAUCAAGCUAACACAGGCACCAACGGAGCAGCUUUAACUCGAGCAUAAGCGUUUU